AUGAACAGCUAACUGUUCCCAAGCUCCAAAAUUUAACAUAAAAUCAGAUUUUAGAAGACUACCAAAAUAAACAUCAGAUAAAUUUAUAGAAAAAAUGAAGAUCAUUAACAAAACAUGGAUUUAAAGAAUAGAGGUCUUGAAAUAAAGACGAAUCUCAAUGAUUUAACAAUCCUUAGCGAUCUAAAAAAUAUCUAAAAACAAAUUAAAACAUUAAAUAUACUACCUAAAAACUUAGAAUACUUGUUCAAAUUAGGGUGGUGUUAUUGCACAACUCACAGCAAUAAAAGAAUUAUAUUUAAUCAUAUACUAGAAGAUCAUUUAAGCCUCCCCUACUAAAUGUUCUUAGAAUCAAUAACAUCAAAUGGAUUCAAUAAUUAUAAUAAGGACAGAAUCGAGUAAGAAAACGAUAAAUUAUAUAAAUAACACAUUAUAGAUAAGAGAAUCUGA